CCUGGCGGCCACCUCGACAACAGCUAAUCACACGGGCUGGAUGGAUAAACUCCACUCUUGACUCAACACAUUUCCGACAUGGACGUCAGAUUAUUGUGACGAGCUGGAGUGGUCUCACUCUCGAGACUUUUGUUCUCGACAUCGCUUUUAAUAGCCAAAAUGUUUAUCGCUGGUGUACCCUACAGUCGUGUCGCAACAGCCACUUGAUUAAAGCUCUGCUAGUUAGCACUUGUUCGGCUGUUUAGCUCAAUAAGCUAACAAAGCUAGCACGUCAAUGUCACAUGUUGCGUGUUUGUAGCGUCCUUCAAUACUCCACCGGCCGGGCAUCAUUCUGACCCCGCUGUUUGAUGGAAGGGUGAGGGGGAAACGAUGCCAACAUUCCUCUACAUUCUGCUAACGGGUUUGUUAGGUGUUCUGCGGGACAGAGUCACUGCCAUUGAUAAUGUCAGACUUGUGGAUGGGGAGAGCAAAUGUUCUGGCCGUGUCGAGGUUCUCCGACAUAACCACUGGGGGACAGUUUGCGACCACGGCUGGGACCUCCGCGAGGCUGACGUGGUGUGCCUGGAGCUGGCCUGUGGCUUAGCAGAGUCGGCCCUCCACGGGGCGGCUUUUGGUACGGGCAGGGGAGAGAUCUGGCUGCGGCACGUUCAGUGCACGGGACACGAGUCUAGUCUGACCCGCUGUGCCGUCAUCCUCCAUAGUCACCCCCAUUGCACCCAUGAAAAUGAUGCAGGGGUGAAAUGUUCAGGUACCCUUUUCAUGCCUAUCCUCUCCCUUUUGUCACCUCACACCGUGUUCUCUUCCGGGGAGGCGGUUCGGUUCAGCUGCAGCGUCCUGCCGGGUCACCACAUCAGAGACUUCCACCUGUACAAACAUGGCGUGACCACACCCGUGGUGACGCAGAGGGCGGAAAUGAGUCAGUCACGGGUGGAGAUGACUCUGCCUAACAUUGAGACUUUCCAACAGGGCAGCUAUAGUUGUCGUUACAGGGUCAGCGGCAGCUCACCUUCUCAGCUGCUCAGCUCUCCACCAAGCAACUCUGUCAACAUCACCGUGGUGGAACUCCUGACCCCCCAGCACUGGUACAACACAUCUUCUGAGGCACCGGCUGGAUCCGUCAUCAAGGGCCACAGUUUUAACAUCACAUGCUUCACGCCGCAGCCGUACCCCGGAGGCUCCUUUCAGCUGCGACUGAUCCGCCCCAAUGGCACAGUGCGCCAGUCUCUGCCGGCCCUCAGCCCCUCCGUCACUUUCACCUUUGCUGGUGCCCAGAGCUCAAAUGAGGGCUACUACUACUGCCUGUAUCGGGUCCAGCUGGGAGGACGCACCUUUGUCUCCAGAGAGAGCCAGGCCCUGCCCAUAUCUAUACGAGACCCCGAUCCAGUUCUGAGUCCAGUAAUGAUCAGCUGGCUUGUGUCUGGCCUGACAUUUGUUGUUGCCGUCGUCAUAAUUAUCGUUGUGGCCAAAAUGCUGUGCAACAAGGAGAGGAAACCCUCUGAACUGGAGCGAGAGACCAGAUCUUGUGUGGAAAACACUUACGUUGCCUUAUCGAUUAACAAGCUAUGAUGGUGUAUGCAGCCAGGCAUAACGGCUCAAGGGAGCGGACCGUGAAAGGGGAGCGGCUGUGUCCACAAUGGCUUCAUGGGGCACUACAAAACCAGUUGGCUUGGUCAGCGAUCCCUGCUACGCCCACUUCAGUCUGCAUGGUACAAGGUUUCUACUUUUAAAUUUCAUCGUCUGGUACCUUUCUGUAUCUCCGCUGUAUCUGCUAGCAAGUUAAACCACUUGGGCCUUGAUCUGGAAAAUACGGAUGGAUGGGCUUAACUUUUACACAAGUAUUUAAUAGCUGGCUAUGUAUAUGACUUUCCUCUUUACCCAUCAAUUGUGAAAUUAAACAACCAAGCAAUUAUUUUGUAGGUUGACUGUUAUAAUCAUGAUUAUUGUUUUAUUAUGAUUAAUUUUUUAAAAGUGUCCUUGAGCAGGCAGUUCAAAAUUUUACCCCACGGUGAGGUCACAGUUUGGCUAAUUUAUAUAUGUAAUGUAGAUUAAUAACAUAUUUUAUUUGCAUGACAACAGCCCACUCCAUCCCUCAACUUUGAAAAAAGUUACCACACAGUACUUUUCUCCAUCUUAAAUUAGGCGUUGGCUAGAAUCAGAUUCCGACGGUACCACAACAUUGAGCAUACCUAUCGCAGUAUUGCAAGAAAGAAAAUAGAGACUAGAAUCCAGACAUUCAAUCCCACAGUAUACAUUUUUGUGUUUUAUGAUUUUUCACGUGGGAGUGUGUAGGAGUGUGAGGAAAUGGCUGGCAUUGAACUACCAAGAAUGACUAAGGUAAAAUAAAUAUAUAUAAAUCCAAUCAAAAUACACGCUCUAUCGUAAGAAAGCGAAACCUGUCGCUCAACAAUUAAAAACAAAGUGUUGAAUUUGUCUUCUCGAUCAAGUGAACGUGGUGUGGGCUGUACUCUUUAACCUUUCACCCUUUGUGUAUUUUGUCCAAAGACACCCUGGUGGGCAUUUAGUGACACACUGGAGCAAGCAAUCAGUUCAUAGCCACAAAAUUAGGACCUUGGGAUUUCUCGGGUUUUCUUUCUUUAUUGUCACGUUUGGAUUAAUGUGACAUUCUCAAGGUUUGUUCAAAUAUAUAGUGGUUGCAAGUGGGGGGGGGGCGGUGUAAAGUUCAAUCAUUUACAUAAGAACUUGUCGAAUAUGUCAGUAAAAUAAAUUAGCAAACAGGGUUUCAUUUUACUUUAAUUUAGACCUGGACACAGUAGUUGUCUGUUUGUCAAUUUGCUUCCCUUAUAUACGGUAUUCAUGCAAGCCUUGCGCGUUACAUCGUGCACCCGAGAUGACUGAAAUAGAGCCGUUGCGUUCAAAGUCGGUGUUUACGCUCAAUUCUGUAUUAACGCACAUGUAUUUACAGUUGUUUCUCGCUCAAGGAGCAAAAUGUGACUAACUCUUGUUU